UUAAUAUUUGUAAAUGUAGUACAUCUGAUCUCGCUUGAGGACCCUAAGCCCCCACUCCUUAAUAUCCCCCGCGAGGCACCACACCGCGGCCGUAAACGAUGAUCGUCUGCGUCGCCGUCGUCGGCCAUCAGAACAAUCCACUGUACCUGCAGAGCUUCACCGAGGCGGACGAUGCCCUAAAGCUCCACCACAUCGUCCACUGCUCUCUGGAUGUCGUCGACGAGAGAGUUAAUAAUCCAAGGAAAAGUGGUCCAACUCUGAAUGAGACGUUUCUUGGUCUUCUAUAUCCUACAGAGAACUACAAAGUGUACGGUUAUUUGACUAAUACCAAGGUGAAGUUCAUUCUGGUCACAACUGAUCUGGAUGUCAAAGAUGUAGAUGUUAGAAAUUUUUUCAGGAGGUUUCACUCUGCAUAUGUGGAUGCUGUCUCAAACCCUUUCCAUGUCCCGGGGAAAAAGAUAACCUCUAAAACCUUUGCGCGAAGAGUCAGUGGUAUUGUCAGGGCUUUUGGUUCUAGCACGCCCUCAUGAAUUGUGUUUCUAUUGUAUAAUCUUAGUCAUUGUCCUUUCAGCAUAAUUUGAUCUUUCGUAUAGAGGACUUGGUGAUUUUCUUCCAAAUUGAAUGAUAUUUGAUAAUGUGGAACUUGAUGUGUGUACUGAACUGAUGGUAUAUUCUCUAUAGUAUUUGAUUUGGAAUUGCUGCAA